CUUUAAUAAAUGUGUUUGAAUUUGUGUCCAAAUAUAUAACUUUAUAAAAAUGGACUCAAAUGAUACGCUUUCCCAACUGUUUCGGCGAAAUGGCAAUGAUUUCAGUGCCGAUGGCAUGAAUGACAUCGAUGUCGAUCACUUCAAUUUCUCACAAUAUAACUAUAGCGAUGACACGCAUACUAUUUGGCUGCGCCAACCCGGAUGGGAAGUGUUUGUCAAGUCAAUGGCUAUCCUACCCAUUAUGAUAAUCGGCAUAUUUGGCAAUCUGGCCAUCAUUUGUCUCAUUUUAAAACUCAAAUCAUUGCGUAAAACACAUAUCAAUCUAUUCAUACUCAAUAUGGCAAUCGCCGAUUUGCUCACCACUCUGUUCUGUCCGUGGAUGGCACUCGUCGACGUAAUCCAUCAGAAUUAUGUUUUGGGACCCGUUUUCUGUAAAUUAGAGGGCUUUAUCAAAAUGUUAUGUCUAUUGGCGAGCGUUUUAUCGUUGGUUAUCAUAUCCGUCGACCGUUUCAUUGCAAUCGCGUAUCCAUUCAAACGACACCUAAAUAAGAAGGCCUCAUAUUUAAUCAUAUUUGCCAUUUGGUCGUUAGCUAUCAUACUGUCCAGUCCUCUGGCCUUUUGGCGAUUGUAUCGCGAGAGGCAAUGGUUAGACUAUCUGGAGAUAUGGUGUGCAGAGGAUAGCGCGGAGACAUCGAAAUACUAUUGGAUUUUCCUAAUGCUUCCUCUCGUAUACUUUCCCCUCAUUGUAAUGAUUAUUGUCUAUUCAGUGAUCAUUAAACAUAUGGAUCGGUACGAGAGGAUGACCGCAAUCAACGAUAUACCGGUGCGCUUGAAGUAUAGCCGUGUCCUCAUUCGGAUGCUCUUCAUCUAUAUAUUAACGACAAUUAUUUGUUGGUUUCCAUUGCAAGUGGUGGUGAUGUACCGGCGCUUUAAAUCACCCACAGCUCUCAGGUAA